AUGAGUCUGGAACUGGUGUACUUUGACGAGACGUGGCGCGCGGAGGCGAUCCGAUUGCUCCUGGCGUACGGCAACAAGUCGUUCGAAGACACGCGUCUAUCGUUCCCGGCCUACUCGGCAGCCAAGCCGACCCUCGGCCUGCCGUUUGGCCAGCUCCCCGUCUUGCGCACGAACGGGAAAACGUACGCCCAGAGCAUUGCGAUCGCACGGUAUGUCGCCAAGGAAGUCGGGCUGUACCCGACGGACAAUCUCGACGCCCUUGAAGUCGACUCGGUCGUGGACGCAAUCGUGGAAAUGACCAACGUGUUCGUCGACGCCGUCCACUCGAUGAAGGGCGAAGACCACCUCAAGGCGUCGAUCGUCCCCAUCAACGAAAAGAUCUUCCCGCGCAUCCUCGCUGGUCUGGAAGCGCGCCUGGUCGGUCCAUACUUUCUCGGGGACAAGAUCUCGUACGCCGAUAUAUUCUGGCUUGAUUUUUACCAACAAAUCUGGCAAGGCAACGCGGCACUGCUGACAGCGCGCCAGACGGACUUCCCCAAGCUCGUCCUGCUGGUCGCCACGUUGCGCGGAGCAGCGCCGCUCAUCGCGUACUGGGCGGCACAUCCUGCCAAGCCCGCAACGUCGCAUGCGUAG